AGUGUUCUGAUUUCGUAUUUUAUAACUGUCGCUGUGAACAUGGUCCAAUGUUUGGUUGCCUUGGUGAGUGGGUGUGAGACUUAAAAAUACAUAUUUGGAAUAGUACACAUGAGUUUGAUUUAAUCAUAUUUUGGACAUAUUAAGAUCAAUUGAAGGAAGACCUCUUGGACUUAACUGAAAUCCAAGUAUAUCGAUUUAAAGUAAAGACUGGCAGUUUUUAGGCUGCUGUUGCCGUGCCGUGCCGUUUGAAUGUCGGACUGUGCUUGCAAUUUGGUAUUUCAAAUUCUGUGAAUUGACCUAAAAAACGCAACUGCAACAACAACGAAAUUUACAGUUACAGUGAUGCGCAAUAACUACAAUAACAGCAACAUGCAGUUUUCAAUACAUCGACGUAGUUUAUACUGGCUUCUGGGAUUAUGCCUAUUGUUAUUCGAAACAGGCUCGACAGAUGCGCAAAGUAAACGAGCUCCACGAGUCACCAAUUCUCGCAGCUUUGGCACCAACGUGAAGUCAGCCACCUCAAAUGGCGUCAGCUUUGACUGCCCCGAAGAGUUUGGAUACUAUCCCCAUCCCUCGGACUGUACUCAGUAUUAUGUGUGCGUAUUUGGCGGUGCGUUACUCGAGAGCUGCACUGGGGGACUGAUGUACUCGCACGAGCUGCAGACUUGCGAUUGGCCCAGAAACGUGGGCUGCGAAGUGGUGGACAGUGGCACGUCGGCCACCUCUACCGAAUUAGGUGGUGCCUCACGUAACAAGCCACAGCAACAUGUUCCGAGUCGCAUUCGCUUUGGGUCCGCCUUCACCAGUCCGACAGCUACACAAAAAACAGUCACAGUUCCACCGCAGUACCAUCGUUCGCCUCCCCAGACUAUACAGGCCCAGGUUCAGCAUCUGCCACCACCACCAGAACUUACCGUAGCUCCCAACCCAGUGAUCACGUCCCGAGGACAGCCUAAGUCGCUUUUGGAGUCGCAGGAAGAAAUAGCCAAGCUCUACGCCGAGGCGCAUGAAACUCUGCCUGAAGAGGAGGACAGCGAGCGUCAGCAACGUGUUUAUCGUGGUCAGCCGAGUACUGUUAGCCAAGUGCAGCGGGAUCGCGAUGGCAUUCUACACCAGGCCAGCAUAAAUUCAAUACCAACUCACGGUAAAAUUGGAUCCUACACGUUCGGAACCGCUUAUAGCGAAAGCUUAACCGACGACGUGACCAUUGAACACGAACUGUCACAUAACCGACUUGAUGUGGACAGAGGACGCAAACGACGCGAUGUUAGUGGCUUAAUCUCGACUACACCAGCGGAAGUUGUCGACCCUACUGAAAUGCCCAACGAUUCGAACACCUCUAGCGAAGUCAUGGAGCCAUACAGUGCCAGCAGUGCUCAACUGGGCAGUGGCGAAACGACAAACAGCACCGAUACCUCCAAUAACUCAAAUAACUCUCAAGAACAGUACGACGAAGCAGCGCCAGCGGUCGUCCAGCUGCAGAAGUACUCAUCAAAAAUUAGUCAAACUGAGUUAGACUUUUCGAUUGCGGACUCAGAUGACAGCGAACCAGUCGAAGAUAGCAAUGAUACGGCUACAGGCGAAUCAAAGCGGCGAGCACGUCAGCUGCGUCCUUUCCCACAUGCGUCUGCCAAGUGGCCAGCACAUAACUACCGUUCUAUUGACACGCCAGUUCAGCAGCCUUACAGUGGGGGAGCGAAGCAUGGAUACAGUUUCGGUAGCUACAAUCCUUAUCUUACUCCUCCCAGCCAGCACACUUCCGCCAGUCCGAACUAUAAUCAACUCAACUCUGGAUAUAAGGCUUACUUCCAGCCUCUUCAGCAGCCUCAGCAACAUCAGCAGCCUCAGCAGGCUUUGCAGCCUGAGUCUGUUUUACCAUAUGUAAAAAAGCCGACUGCGGUUUACACCGGCUACAAUUUGUCUUUGCCGCCGCCGCCAUUGGAAGAUGACUUUCGACCUAUUGCAGGUACUUACUAUGGUGCGGCCGAAUCAACAAGCCCAAGACCGUCAGCUGGCUAUCAGGAUCAAACGAACCAAGGCGACUUACUUCCCUAUCUCAUACAACAGCUGAAACAGCUUAAAGAACGCAGAAAACAGAUACAGGCUGAAAACUUUGCUUACUUUCAUUUGGACAAUCAGCCAAUUAAUCCCGCCGUGCACAAUCCGGAUACAACACAACGGCCAUUAUUCGAGUACUAUUCUACGACUAAACCGAUCCAACAAGUUACGCCCAGCAACCAUUAUGCUCAAUACAGCACCAUGGGUGGCUUUUAUAAUAAUAAGCCAGAGUAUACACCGAGCAUAUCGAAUCAUUCUGGCAAACUAGUUUCUCAGUUCAGCAUUGCCCAAAGUCCAGAUAUUCAGAGCACGACAGAGAGCAAUUACUUCCAAUAUAAUAUUGUGGCAAAUCAAAAAAUGAAGGGUGUUUACAAUAAUGCCAAGCUGAAUCAAUUAGAGCACGCCGCAGUCAAAGUCCGUCCACCAGUCACGCCGCUGCAUGUGACGUCAAACCUGAACAUUGUUUCGGCUCCCAACUUGGCUUACAAAAAGCCUAGCGCCCUGCAGGAGGUACCUUUCCGAGAUUUCUCGCAUUUUCCCGUAGGCAUCAGUUACGCUACGAAUACUACCCUGCCGGAAUCGUAUCAAACUUUUACCAAAUCUGUCAGCUCUACUGUACCCCCCAAGCUGGAGCCACCUAAGCCCCCAACAACUGCCAAGCCACAGAAGACCAAUUUUCAAUUCAAUAUAAAUGAGUUUAUGGCAAACCUGAAAGCCAGUGAUCUAGCGAGUUUUAAUCCGGCUGUCAACCCUCUAAUAAAGUAUUUUAAGCAGGUAAGCAAUGAUGGAAGUGGCAAUGUUCGCAAUGCCUUGGUUCUUCGUCGACCUGUCAUCAGUUCGACACCAUCAAGUCCAGUAACGUCGAGACCUCAUUUGAUAUCAAUACCUACGAGACUGCCGAUCAUCACAACUACUACACAAGCCUCUACCACACCUAUUCUUAGGGGCUAUGAAUCUUUCGUUAAGAGUAUACAAAACCAGAUAAACAAACAAGUGUCUAAUUUAAACCAAUCAACGACCACAGUCCCAUCACGUCCCAAGAUUAAUGCGGGCAGAUUUACUACUACCACUCAGAGGACGAUCGACUACUAUGACGAGGACUACGAUGACGGAGUUGAUGAAGACAUGCUGCCACCAUCACGCAUGCCUCCCUACAUGCCCAUGUCAGAGACUAUGUCCCCACCACGUCCACAAGCCACAACCGAGGGACCACUUACGACAACACCCAGUAAAAUACGAACACAUCUACAAACGGGAUUUAUGGAAGCCACAACAACGCGCCGACCCUUUCCGAAUUUCACGCAACUUAAUCAGCCCAACGCCGGUAAUGGAGUUCCUGCGUUCAUCAGCUUUCCGAGUGACAUAUUUCAGGAGUUGAAGCAACGACUGCCACAGUUACAGACAACAGGCUCGCCCAACAGACAUACUACAGCUCGAACUCGCACAACUACAACGAGCACUGCAACGCCUACACCUCUACCGAAAAUCCGCUACACUGUGCGACCGCAACGCACGCGUGGACAGCAGAAAUGGCAGUCCCAAGUUCAGAGUAAUCCGGACGGAUUAGAGCGCACGCAAAACGAUACCAGCCGAGGGGCCGCCUACACCAAGCCCAGCACUAAUAAUAAUGAGUUAGGCGGCCAGAACUUGAACUGGGUACAUACAGCUUCAAGCACGGAAAGACAAAGGGAUAUUGAGUACCAACAGCAGCAGGAUCAGCAUCAGCAUCAGCAAAAGCCCCAGCAAUACCCAUCGACAGUGCGCCAGCAACAGCAAUCCACUUAUAGGCCCUUGGAAAUAUUGACAACGCCGACACCACCACAAAGGCAGAGCUACAACAGCCAGCCAACAAUUAGCUACAAUUCAGACUAUGAUGAGGAUCUCAAUGCACAGAUCGAGCAGGAUAAUGUGUAUGAUCAACCUACGCCUCCGCCACAACGCUCAAAAGCGCAUGCAAAUAAAAACUUUAAGCAAAAUGUUAUAAUCAAAUUAAAGACAACCACAACACCACGUACUACACAACCACCACCCAGUACAAUAGUUCCAACGACCACCACAGUGAGGCACACUCCCGCUGUACUCCCCACAUAUACUUCCAAUCCCUUUCUUAAGUCAAAGCUGCAGUUGCUAGCCAAGUCCUUGAUCAGUGCUGUGGCUGGCACUCAAAGCCCAAAUAUCAAUGACAACAAAAUCGCGUCCCCAGUCCAAUCUACAGUCGCACCUUCAAUCAGUGAGUCGUGGGCGUUGGCAAAUGACAGUGCAAAUAGUAGUACUCAGAAGUAUGUUAAGACAAUUUACGAUGAAAGCCAGAAUGUGCAAGUCCACACGGCGGUGGUACCUAGUGGUCAUGCUUAUGAGACAAGCACUUCGCCCAAGUUUCUGGAUUUUAUAAAUGCCGCCGCCUAUGGAGCCAGCAACUUGGUGCGCACGCCCACAGAGAAGGCAUCAAAGGCCGCCUACAUAAGAGCCAACAUUUACAACGACUUUCAAGGCACAACAUUAUCCACUGAGCAAAACCAAAGCAAACGCAUACAAAACUAUGUGCUGUCUGACGUUAAGCCCCAGAGCUUUAGAGCAGCUUCAAAAAACGCACCAAGCGAUGCGACAUCCGAACAGUUGGAUAACACAAAUGCAACGCGACCUAGCAAGCCGUACGAGUAUAGCCUCGAAAGCGGAUCACAUGGAUUCAGUUUGACGGCAAAGGAACCAUUGAAUGAGGAUAAUGUGUCUGAGCCCCUCUUUGAGCGUCCCGAUAGUGGUCAACGUGUUAAGCACAACACAACAACUACAACAACUCGUUUACCUCUAACUACAGCUAACCAUAUGAGCGCGGAGUAUGAUGAUAUUAUUCCGACAACAUAUGCUCCGUUACGUAUCUGGCGCAACGGUCGUCCGACUAUUAAGCAAGCACCUAGCAAGCUGACUACAAUUCCUACAACAAGCAUCUCGGAUCUACCGAGCAGUACAAUGAAAGUAGCUCCAACUGCGACAACAAAAGCAACCAGUCCUUCAGUUACUAGUACCGAACGAGCUGGGCAGAGCUUCACAGCUCGUGCAAAUCAGUUCAAGGACAAUCUUAUGCGUGUCACGAGUAACCCAGCAAUGCGCUUUGUUUCCCCAUAUAAAAGCCUUGAAAGCUUGCUCCAGGACGAGCGUCUGCCACAAAACAGUCUUAGAACAACUGCUAGAACGCGCUUUGCAAAUGCUCCAGCCUCCGUACCGUUUCUCCAGACAACACCAAAGCCUGCAAGGAGCUAUAUUACUGCUAGCCCACUGCAGAAGAACGCCACCCAAUUCGUCCUUGACACUAUGGCAAGCGGCAAUACCCGCAACUUUAGCAUAAGCGAUGCCAUUUUAAGCACCUUCAGUCCUCAAAGACCUGUUUUCGGCCGAGUCUCUUCCACAACCACAACAACAGGAAAGACAUCUACAGAGGCCGCACAGACCUCUACUAUUGCAGAGCCAACAGUAUCCACUGUGGUGACUUCGUCCCCAAUUCAAAUAUCUGAAGCUCCCGUGCGUCCACGUGGCCGGUCACGCUACACGGCGGCUACUGUUAACUAUAAUUUGGAUAGUAUUGACGAGCCGACCACGUAUGCGCCGAAGUUCAAGAUAUUUAACAGCUAUGAACCGAGAAGCUCCACAUCUUUACCCCAUUUGAGAAGGAAGACACAUCGCGGACGAGUUGUUAACAAUCGGCAGACGAUAUUUGAGCCAACAGCCAAGUCGAGGGAGAAAUAUGAAAUAUACAAAGCUGCCCAACAGGCCAAAGAGACUGGUAAUACGUAUCAAAAGACACCACCAUCGUCGACACCGCGCACUAUCGAAUCAACAAACUCGCCCAAACGUAAUACAAAUGAGAACGAAGCCGCAAUGGCAGACAACCCACGUGCAGAGGCUUUAAUUGGACGUCAAACACUCGAUGCCAAACAGGACAAUAGCAUUGAGCAGACCGUGAGCACAGAGAUAUCUCCCAGUUCCAUUGAAGAUGUUGUUGCUAUCACUGGUCCUCCACCUGUCAAGUAUUUAUACUCGAACAAAUAUCGACAGCAAACGGCGGAGCGUACGUUAGCCGAGAGUCUUCAAAAUGCCGGCUACAUUAAAAAUAAUAUCGGCCGAGCCAAGUUCCGUAAUACAAAUGUGUUGGAGCAACUCCAACACUUCCUUGCUGGCAGCGAUAGUGAUGAGAGCGGAUCCCCACAGUUCGUCGAUGAAAAUUCUGGAAGAGAGAUAAAAGCUUCUGUUAACGAAAUAAAACCGGUAACUUUAACGAUCCGGAAUGUUACAACUAUAGUGAGACCUACUUCUACUACUACUUCUACAACUACUACUGCACCACUGCCAGCCACACGAGCCCCACAAAUUGGGGUCAAGCCGUUAGGUAACCAAUCCAAAUUGUUCCCCUCACCCUCUACUUUUAAAAAAUUAGAUUCCGAUGCUAUAUCAGCAAUAAGCAGUAGCACUCCAUAUGUUAGCUCCACACCUGACAUUUCAAGUACAACUGCCGCCCCAUCCAUAUCAUUAUUGUCUCCACCCACAACACGAGUCUCGAGGGUAAAUAACGCAUUAAAGUCGUCUAUUGCCGCUGCUGCCGCCCAAUCGUCCAGCCCGGUCUCUUCCCCGUCCGCCUACCAAAUACCAGGGGGUAGGGCUAAUAAAUUCCAUAAUGGCCUUGCACCCAACAGUAACAGUAACAACAACAACAACAACAACAACCAACACCAAUACAACAACAACAACAACAAUGCCGCUGUCGCUGCUGUUUCGGUGAAGUGCUCCGAUAGCACACUGAACCUCAAGUGCAACGAAAUCCCCUCAAGAAACAAUAAUAGAAACCGAGGCAGUGCAAUAUACACGAACCAGGACCGAGAUGCUGUAGCUACCCCAAAUAGAGGCACGCAUCCACCGCGAACACGUCCCACGCUUAAGCCGGCUGGCACUAUUGUCUCAAAAGCUCAAGAGUUUGUGGACAUUUAUAAAUAUCCGCCAACCCGACCGGAUCCCAUAUACCCACAGCCCACGCCCGACAAGACGGCAGCCAAGUGCCGCAAGGAUGUUUGUUUACUGCCCGAUUGCUACUGUGGCGGCAAGGAUAUACCCGGCGAACUGCCCGUCGAAAGCAUACCCCAAAUUGUGCUCUUGACUUUUGAUGAUUCGGUAAAUGAUUUGAAUAAGCAAUUGUACAUGGAUCUUUUCGAGAAGGGACGCGUCAACCCCAACGGCUGCCCAAUCACAGCAACUUUCUACGUCUCUCACGAAUGGACAGAUUACAGUCAAGUACAGAAUCUCUACUCCGAUGGACAUGAAAUGGCAUCGCACACAGUUUCUCACAGCUUUGGCGAGCAGUUCUCGCAGAAGAAGUGGACUCGGGAAAUAGCCGGUCAGCGGGAGAUACUUGCCGCUUAUGGUGGUGUUAAGCUAUCAGAUGUGCGGGGCAUGCGCGCACCUUUCCUUUCAGUAGGUGGCAAUAAGAUGUAUAAAAUGCUGUACGAUUCGAAUUUCACCUACGACUCAUCAAUGCCGGUCUAUGAGAAUCGACCACCCUCGUGGCCGUACACCCUGGACUAUAAGAUCUUUCACGAUUGCAUGAUACCGCCCUGUCCGACGCGUAGCUACCCAGGCGUUUGGCAAGUGCCAAUGGUCAUGUGGCAAGACUUGAAUGGCGGACGUUGCUCUAUGGGCGAUGCCUGCUCCAAUCCCAGUGAUGCGGAGGGAGUUACCAAAAUGAUAAUGAAGAAUUUCGAGCGUCAUUACACCACCAAUAGAGCGCCUUUUGGACUGUUCUACCAUGCAGCUUGGUUUACACAGCCGCACCACAAGGAAGGAUUCAUCAAGUUCCUCGAUGCCAUAAAUGCCAUGCAGGAUGUUUGGAUCAUUACCAAUUGGCAAGCACUGCAAUGGGUGCGCGAUCCAACCCCAACUUCGAGAAUCAAUUCCUUCCAGCCAUUCCAGUGCGACUACUCGGACCGACCCAAGCGAUGCAACAACCCGAAAGUAUGCAAUCUAUGGCACAAAUCAGGCGUUCGCUACAUGAAAACGUGUCAGCCUUGCCCCGACAUCUAUCCGUGGACUGGAAAGUCCGGCAUACGCUCAUCUCGCAUUGACAAUGAAGUUGAGGAGCCUUCGGCGUAAAGCUGACGAUUCUGGCGAUUCUGACGAUUCCAUGUAUCUAAAUAACAUCGUAGUAAAGUAAAAGCCACGCUUAUGGUAUAAGUAGAUGUGAUGCCGAUGAUCACAGAGAAAUUAUCGAUAUGUCCGACAUAGGUAAUAGCCCAAAAUACGGUAUUCACUCGUUAAAAUGUUCUUCAAAUGUUCUUCAUAUUUAUACUAUAGCUAAUUUGUUGAAGGGCUUCGAUAAGUGUAUUUAAUAUUUUUGGAACAUGUUACUUCAAAUUAUUUAUUCCCUAAUGAUAGACUUAUGUAUGUGUACUGUAUAUUCCUAUAGUUUGCUACUUCCAUGGAAAUUCGUAGAAGUACUUUCAAAAUGCAAUAUUAGAGUAAGCUAAAGUGACUAAUGUAAUUAUAGAUUGACCCUUAAAUACUGAUGAGCAAUACUCUUCCUUAUGGCUUCUUCUAAUUUGUGAUAAAUUUGUUGUCAACUAUAUCAAUCUGAACUCUGGCACAAAAUUAGUAUCAAAUCUGGAUAAACAUUAAUGUCUUAGCAUUAUUUUCUUAGUAGCGUUGUAUAUAACUACAUUAUAAUUGGAUUCCGGUGAAGGGUUUUAACCUAAUACUCUUGGGUAUAUUUAUCAUUCUAUGUUUCCUUAUUUUUACUAUUCCCCAUCAUUCUUACUCGUAAUACAAUAAUCACGUGUCUCUCCAUUCACAUGAUAGAUAAUAAAAAUUAUAAAAUCCAGUAUACGUAUACCUACAUCAGAUAACAUUGCAUGAUUUAUAUCAUCUCAGCACUAGAUCAAAUAUUUUAGAUUACUAAAAGUUUGAAACGGAAUGUCAAAAAAUAAAAGCAAAUAGAGUAGACCUCAUUCAUCGCGACAAAGGAUUGAGAAAAUGAAGUGAACUCUAUUAUUACUCAUGUGAAAGUAUUAGAUGGAUUUGUAAUGCUACAAGCUCAUGAUGAGAAACGAGAAAUAAUUAA